AUGGCCUUGGUCACAUAUUCAGACUCCGAGGGGGAUUCAGAUACUGAGACUGGGCCUGUUCAGAAACCUAAGGCCCCUCUCCAGUCUUCAACCUCGAGCUCCAAGCCCUCGUUCAAACCACUGGUUGACCGUGGCAACCCCCGAAAAAUACUAGUUAACCUGUCAGAGACCAGAUCUAACGGUGAUGGGACAGGUCCGGGACAGGAUAAAGAAGAUGGCCCUGCUAGGAAACGGCUGCGAACCGGAGGAGGCGGGUUAUUUUCUGGGUUUAACGAUAUGCUUCCUGCACCAAAGCGAGCUGGUGCAGCGCAGAAACCGACAGACAAAACAGAGGCAGGGCCUAGGAAGUCAAAGCCGUUUACUCUGAAAACUAGUGCAGAGCCUGGAUUUGACCGCAGCGAGAGAAUAGAUAACCUCAACACCUCGUAUGACGAAUUUGGCAAACCUUCUGGCAGUGACGAUACGGCAGAUGGUUCAAAGAAGCCAGUGACAGAGCCUGUUUUUGAGAAGAAAGGAAACUCAAUGAUGUUUAAACCGCUAUCUGUCGCAAGGAAUAAGCCAAAGAAGAAGAUGACAACUAUCUCUCAACCCAUUACUACCCCAAAAACGCAGACCGAAACCUCCCAAACACCCCCUCAACCAGAAGCGAAGUCAAAAGUGAGCCUAUUUGGGUUUUCUAGCAGUACUGAAAGUACUCCAUACGCCGAUACAGCUGCACAAGCCACGCCAUACGAGUCUAUACUUUAUGCAGGACCAUCUGGGCCAGCAGAAACAGCAGACGAACAGGUAUCAGAUGCCUUGAAAAGCACGAAUACAACUACAGGCCAACAUAUAACCACUCAAGAGGCAUCCGCUGGGCCGCAAGAUCUUGCAAGUGUUGCUAGUGACCUCAAUCUCUCAAAAUCAGAAAUGCGACAACUGCUAGGACGUAAUCUACAAGGCGCCUCUAGUAAAGUCAUUAGUUUUAAUACGGACGAAGAAUACAAGUCCAACUCAGCAUACCUUGCUAACACAUCUGAGGCUGAGCUUGCUGCCCAGCAGCACAGACCCGUCAGGGCUGUUGCUCCUGGAAAACACAGCCUUCACCAGCUUGUGAAUGCGGUGACUAGCCAGAGUGACGCGCUCGAGGACAGCUUUGCCAUCGGAAAGAGAAACAAGAAAAAAGCAAGCUCAAAGCUGUGUCAACACUACACUACAAAGCAUAUCGGAAUACCAAGCCUGGCCACGUCGUGCAAUUUAGCAGCAUUGGGCCUUUGCGAGCAACAGAUGAAAGAACAGCUGGAAGAAACAGAUAAUGAAGAACACAGCGGCAGAUAUCUUUUCACUUAA